UUUGAGUCGUGAUUUACUGACCUCGGAAUAAUUUGGGUCAUGAGCCCCUGGUACAUUAAACUAUAAUAUGAUCACAGAGGACACAAAACGCUACAACUCGGCGACGAAUAGGGGAUUCCAUGUUAAUGGCUGGAUUCUUCGUUCAAAACACUCGUGGCUCUUUAUUCCAAAGGCAAGUCUGGGUCCCAGAUCAUUGGCGAUAGUGAGUCUGUAAGGAAAAUUAUCUUUCCAGAGCCAUACUGGUCACAGGCGAAGUGGGGCGGAGAAAGCACCUCCUAAUGCACGUUGGACUGCCAGUCACUGACGGGUUACUUAGCAAAAGAGAGAAGAAUAUCUCCGGCAAACGAGUUGCUACGGAGUUACGAGCACUCAUCCUCUCUUCUCUCUGUUACAGUUUCUUAAACAUUACAUGUUUAAGAAAUGUAAAUAAAAAAGUUACUAUUGUGGCGAGGUAAACUAUAUGUAGGCCUAUUAGAUUUAUUGACUGUUGUUGUCAGCCUUAAAGCGGAAUGAAUGACGAAGACAAAGGUAGAUCUGAAUCUGGUCGUGCCAAAGCUACAGAGACACGCGAUGGAUAGACAGGACGGUAUCAGCAGCAAACAGCCGCAGCCGCAAAAAUCUCACCAGCGACAGCCGCAAGAGCCGCUAGUUAACGAGCAGAAAAACUCACAUCGUGCCGACUUGUCUGCCAGACCCAAGGAUGUGCAUGCACGAACUUCUGUCAAGACCAGGGGAAACUCCGGUACGGUGAAAUGCAGUGUUAAAGCCCGGACCAUGCACACGGGGAAUCGGGUAUCUAAGCACAGUCCGGUCAGUGAAAAAGAAGUAAAACCGGAGACACGGAAGGUGUCAGGUAAAACUACAGCGCCAGCUGUCAGCAACCCAACAACCCACAGUAACUCUGAUGGUCGGAAGAAAGUGUCUGAUGCCUCCGACCUGCAGAGGAAGAACUGCGCCCCUGGCAAGCUGUCCCCUGCAGACAGCUUCUCGUCAGUGUCCGAGGGCACUUCGGAGGAGAACAAAUUAUUAACGGAUGGCCAAAGCAGUGACACCGAAAACAGCAUUCGCGACGGAGGAACUGACAGGGAACGAACAAGUGUCGCCAGGGGAACAAUGACGAGUGAUCAGUUUGCAAACUUGACGGUGAAUGAGGGCAGACGGCCCCUGAGACUGGAACGUAGGGAAUGUAGCAUCUCUUUCAAUGAUGAGCGAUCUUUCGCCUCACUCUACUGCCGGCAUCACGUCAACGCAACCCUGACGUUACCGGACCUGGCAGAGUUCAUGGAUGGGGUCCAGGGGGAUCUCCUAAAGGAGAUCGAGGAACUAAGAUCUGAAAACGAAUACCUAAAAGAUGAGAUCCAGGAGCUCCGCUCGGAGAUGCUGGAGAUGCGGGAUGCCUUCCUGGAGGAGGACGAGGGGCAGCUGCAGGAGCUGCGGGCGCAGCUGGAGCGUGCCCACCGCACAUGCCGCGUGCUGCAGUACCACCUGCGCAAGGCGGAGCGACGUAGCAUGCGUGUGGCUCGCACCGGGCAGGUGGAUGGAGAGCUGGUCCGCGCUUUGGAGCAGGACAUCAAGGUGGCAAGGGAUGUGUCAGUACGCCUACAUGCAGAGCUGAGUGCCACUGAGCUGAACCGGGCCCGACUGGAGCGGGACAACCAAGAGCUGCGUGAGAAGGUGCUGGACCUGGAGGUGGCCAACCAGGUGCUGCGAGCUGAAGCGGACAAGGCCAGGGAGAACUCCCUGAGGAAAAGAAGAGCAAAAGGCUCAGCCAGCAAGCCGGAGAAGAAGACCCCCCAGGAUGAUAUGGCCGACCUCAAGUGCCAGCUACAUUUCGCCAAAGAGGAGACGUUGCUCAUGUGCAAGAAGCUUACGAAGACAGCCAAGGAGAGCGAGUCCAUGCGGGAGGAGCUGGCCAAGUUCCGAUCACUGUACGGCCACGCGGACACCCCCCUACCUGAGGAAGCCCCAGACAACACCCCCCAUUCCCGGGAAGCUGAGGUCAAAGUUCAUCUGAAGCUGGUGGAGGAGGAAGCCAAUCUGCUGAGCCGACGGAUCGUGGAAUUGGAGGUGGAGAACCGGGGCCUGCGGGCGGAGAUGGAGGAGAUGAGGGGCCAGAAGGUGGGGCCGGAGCCGGGGGACAGCAUUCAGGAGCUCAGGAGACAUCUGCGGUUUAUGGAGGAAGAGACUGAACUCCUGCGGUGCUCGCUGGCAGAGGUGGAGGAGAAGAACCAGCAGUUAGGGAGGAGAUUGGACCUUGAGGUGGACUCAGUAGUGUUCUCCAAGGAAAGCUGCUCUGUCCUGACAGAGGCAUCACUAGAAGAAUCUGUCAGUGGUGGAUGCCAGACAUGGAGAGACCCUCAUGAAGAUCCAACCCGUGCCCUUGACCUCACUGGGAGCCAGAUGUCUCGUGAGGGGCCCGUGGGGGGCGAGCAGGACCCCCAGGAGGAGCAAGAGAAGAUGGCAGAAAAAGACUGUGGUCCCAUGAGACUGAGUGAUCGGGAGGCCUGGAUGGUCAUUCAAAACCAGGCCUACCUCAUCAGCUCAGCCUUAGAGCUGCUCAGGGGACACAGUGCCAGCCGGCAAACACGUCUUCUGUCUGCUGAGCCGCUCCUCUCCUCUGGGAUGCCCCUGGCCAGCAGGCUGGAGGCACUGCAGGUGCUCCUGUUUGGCCUCCUUGAGGGCGUGGGGGCGCAGUGCAGCCCUAGACGAGGGCAGGUAGACGGGGCCGAGGGCGGCAGCGUGGAGCCCGUAGCCCUCCUGCAGCACCAGGCGAGCAUGCUGAGCUGCCCAGUUGGGGAAUCUGCAGGGCUGCAAAUGGCGUGCACGGGGACACGGGCGUGCACGGGGACACGGGCGUGGCUGUCAGCACGGUCGCUGGCUCCCCUGCCACAGGGCCCAGACAGCGAGUCCCAGGAGCUGAGACUGCUGGUACUGAGACUGUGCCACUUCCUGGAGCAGUGGCGGCACUGCAAGGCACGGGACCCAGAUGGGAACGCCGGCCCCCAGAUGGCCGGGCUGAAGGACCUCUGUCAGCUGCUAGAGGGGGAGUGGCCUGUUCCCACGUGGGAGGAGCUAUCUGUGGAAUUCUAUCCAAUGGGAAGAAAGCAGGGGAGCACUGACCCAGGAAGUACUGUGCUGAAACUGAAGGGGGCGCUGCAGAGCUUGAGCGCUGCCCUGCAGGAGGAGCACCAGCGGUCAGUGGAGUUGGCUCAGCAGCUUUCUCAGGCCAAGGCCAUCUGGGAGGUGGAGCGGGCAGAGCUCAGGGGACUCAUCGCCCAGCAGAAACGAUGUCAGCGGGAGCACAGAGUGACCUGACAGGUGUCUUCAGAUGUAGCUUCUUCUGCCCAGUGGACGGUGACUCCUCAUGUUCUGCUGAUCCUGAGGUCCAUGAAGCUUGACAGAUGCACCCUCUCUGCACAAUGGCAUAGCCCAUAUCCAUGAGCUCAAAAACUAGAACUAGGACAAGACUCUUAGCCACUCGGGACCAGCUCAUCCUCCGGUGUGGCACGCAAAGGUGACAUUGAACUUACAGGAGCGGCAGGGACGUCUUUGCAGGCCCAUCUUGGCUGGACAGCAGGCUAAUUAAGGCUCCUGACUUGUUCUGGCUGCUCUGCUGGAGCUGAAUGAUGCAGGAGUCUGGAGCUACACAGAGGGAUCCACUGAGCUCUGGACACUUCAGACCGGAUGAAUCCCGCAUGACAGUUCAGCAGGCAGUAACCGCAUAUAAAUUAGAGCCAGUUUGUUGCAUUAUUCUGAUAUUAGUCCAGCUUUUCUCACUCAAUUGCCUUAUCUGCUCCGGGAGGUAGUGGCAACAUGCAGAGCUGAUGCUGAGCAGAUCGGGGGCCUGCAGGAAAAUUAACUUGAAAACACUUCUGAUUGUGACACUCUGCUACCAUUCCAUCAGGCAGUCUGUGUUAAAUACUCAUCAACAGCAGGUUGGGGAGUUUUAAUUCUGGAAAUAUACCCAUGAGGAAUGAACUUCUAUUUCGCAUGAGGUUAACUAUAGACAGCUUCACCAUGAAAAAGCCAUGAAGAAUAUACAAGACAGUCACGAUCGCCAUUUGGUUUGCUGGUCCUCUGUAUCUACCCAUAUCUGAUAUGUCAGGCAGGUAACCGGGGAAUAAUUAGUGCCAUAUUGUGGUGUAUACUUCAUACAUACAGCUCUGGAAAAAAUUGAGAGACCACCCCAUAUAUUUUAAGAAUAUGCAUUGUUAAAUCCUGGUUUAAUCCUGGUUCUGCUGGCAGAAGGCUACACUGAGCGGCAGGUUGCUUCUGGGUUCAAAAUUUGUAAGAUGGCAGUAUAUAAGUAUAAAGUGAAGCAGGAGACACUGGGAAUGACCAGAAACCAUCCAGGUAAAGGGCAGAAGCAACUUUCUAAUGCCGGAGAUGAUCGUUAAUCUGACAGUUUCUCAUGAAUCGGGGGACAACAUCAAGUGACAUUCAAAAGAAAUGGGAGACAUUAAGUGUAGGUGUGAAGGACAGUUCGUAUCGGGCUCCUAGAAGCAGGACUGAAAUCCCAUAAAGCAAGGAAGAAGCCCUUCAUUAUUGAGAAACAGAGAACCAGGCUGCAGUUUGCAAAAAAUAAGGUAUAUUUUGCACAGGCGCAUACCUAUAAAUUGAGAAAUGACUGAAGCUAAACAUUUUGCUGUGGUCUCUUAAUUUUUUCCAGAGUUGUAUGUCAGUAUACAUCAGUCAGUAAAUUUUAAUGAUGUUUGCUGUGGAAGUCGUUUUGAAUAAGGGUAUCAGCUUAUCAGUCUUCAGAAAGGAUAGGGAACAGUGAAGAAACUGUCAACUCCCAGGAAAAGAGAGCUUUCAACACAACAGGAAAAAGAAUCAUUUUGAAUUCAUGGUUGAAAAAUAAGUGAUAAGAUUCCACACCCAUUUUCAUUUGACGGUGUUUGAGUUAACUGUUGCCGCACAUAUGGAAGGCACAGAGAUUCAAUUCCCAUCAUUGUGGAGACCUUAAGAUACCAUAAUGACAUUCACAUCACAGAAUUUCACGCCCUGGUGGAGGAUUAAAACAGUUCUAUCACAGAGCCGUUGCUGGACACAAGACUCGCUCAAACGCAGCACAUGAUACAAGAUCUGCAGCUAAAAUGAGUUGGUGAAAAAGCCUUUGGGUGUUGCUGGUAGAUUUUAAUCAGUCCUGAUCUGGCUGCACACUCCAAACUGGUCCCAAGGAUGCAGCUACUGAAGGCCAUUGUGUACGUCAUUUCACUGUGCAUUUCACUGGAAGCCUGCAGUUAACAGAGACAGUCAACUGCAACAUGACACCAAAAAACAGGAACUUUCUGCAGAUGUAUUCUGCAUCAAGGAGGAAAAUCAUUGUUUUGUUUAAACGCCGCCCUUUAGGCAGAGAGAACAAUGGGAGUACGAUUGAAUGACAAAGAAUUAAGGAAAUAAAAAAAAUAAAAAAACAUGAAGCAUCAUAUAAACUAACCACUAAGUGUCAGUAUUGAGGAGUAUAUAUAAAAGGGUGAAGAUAUUGUAGUAUAAUGUGCUUAUUGGACAAGAAGUCAUCAGUGGAUAGGCUGAACCAGUCUGCUAUGACAGAGAUCUAAAUGGUUAGAUUAAGGUUUACAAAUAAGGUUAAGAUCUUAAAGUACAAGGUCAUUCAAGAAUCCCUGUUGAGAUGCCCUCAGUUAAACAUUCAGUGCUCUCUCUAGAAAGUGACUGUCUGACUAUCUCCAGGAAUUUCCCUUAUUGCAGUUUCUCAGCUAAAAUACUGAGACACAUUCAUCUGGGUUGUGAAAGCUCAUUAUGACUGUUUUUUUUUUUAACCAGUUGUUCACCGAAUAUUGUCUGUUUUGCCUGGACAAAAAUAUUUCAACACACCUUCUUCCCAGGCUCUGAAUCUCAAAAAAAGCAAAAAAAAAAAAAAAAAAAAAAAAACAAGGAUAGAUGAGAAUGGGACUGCACAACAAUGUACAGCACAGAAUGUAGAAGUUAAUAAAAGAAAUGUUGAACUGAA